UUGCCUUUUAAUAUUCUGAAAUGGUCAUUAAAAAAUUGUAUUAUUUGAUUAUAUAAAAUAUUUAUUCGUGAUAUUAUAAUUGAAAUGUACCUUGACCAAUCAGAGGGCUCGACGAUGCCCACUGCUAACUUUACCCAUAAAAUUGUUACAAAUGAAGUUGAUUGACAAUCUUCCGUCAAAAUGGUUAGCGUGGGUUAAACAAUUAAUUUUCUCGGUUUCUCCGGUAGUGAAAACGGAAGGACAAAUUCAAAGCUUUAGGUGGAGUUAACUCCUUUUCACUUGAUAAAAAGAGUUUUAGUUAGAAUCUUUCUCAUUUUCCACCUGUUUCCAAUAAACUUGAUUUUCCACACUAUUUACUGUUUACCUACACUAGUCACAAUACAGCAUAGUCGAAAAAACCGACGAAGUCACAUUUCUGGAAAGAAAUUUCAUACUGCUUCAAGUAGCAACCCAUUUUUAAAUGGGCAUCAGCUGAUUUAGAUAGAUUGCUCAAUAUCACUGGUGAAAUUGUAACGACACGGUUUUGACAAUACAUCUACGACAUUUAUACGAUUUGAGAGCUGGAUGCGAGACUAUUAAUGAUCUAAAAAUAACCACUUUCGAUUUUUAGUCGAUAAUUUUUAUAUAUAUAAAUCAAUUAAAAAACAUUAUCUUUUGUUAAACGGUAAUUACGACAAAGGUAUUAUUAGUUGAAGUCAUAAUUGUUUGCAAUCGAUCGCGCUCGAAAAUGCCUUAAAAUAAAAUUUGACAUGACAAACUUCAUAUGAUUUUGGAAGAAUAGCCUUAAUGAUAUUUCAAAUUUUGUCAUAUCAAAAAUCUACAAGACAUAUUUUAAUCAAAACACGAUCAUUGAUUUGUAGAUUGUCUUAGAAAGUUGUACUCUAUAAUCAAACAAAUGGAUUCAAUUUCUACGCCAAGAGCAGAAGGACCUCCAACAGAAACUGAAAAACCAGUUGGAUGUUGUCAUUACAAAAGAAAGUCAAAACUAUUGGCGCCUUGUUGUAAUAAAGUAUACACCUGUAGAUUUUGUCAUGAUGAAAGUGAAAAUCACCAGAUUAAUAGAAAAGAAAUAACAGAACUGGUAUGUGCUUUAUGUAAUACUAGACAAAAUGUUCAAAGUAACUGUAUAAAUUGUGGGGUGCUUUUUGGAAAGUAUGCGUGUUUAGAAUGUAAUUUAUUUGAUGAUGAUGAAAAACGGCAGUUUCACUGUAAAGGAUGCGGUAUAUGCAGAAUUGGAGGUGCCGAUAGAUUCUUUCACUGCAACAAAUGUAAUAUGUGUCUUCCCAUUCAAUUGAAACAAGGACACAAGUGUGUAGAAAAUGUUUCGAGAUCUAAUUGUCCGAUAUGUUUGGAAGACAUCCACACAUCUAGAAUAGCUUGCAAUAUACCCCCUUGCGGUCAUCUUUUACAUAGACCGUGUUAUGAAGAACUUCUACGUAAUGGACUAUACGCUUGCCCUAUUUGCCAAACUUCUUUGACGGAUAUGCAGAGACUUUGGAAGCAUUACGAUAUGGAAAUAGCAAAUACUCCAAUGCCUCCAGAAUAUAGAAAUUAUUAUGUGGAAAUACUUUGCAAAGAUUGUCAUAAAGAAAGUAUUGUAAAAUUUCAUGUAGUAGGUUUCAAGUGUGCUCAUUGCGGUUCUUAUAAUACCUGUAGGAACAAAGGACCUGUAACUUUGAGAGAUACAGAACAAGCCGCAGAACCUAUUGGUAAUUCUAAUGAAGAAAUUAGAGAAUCGGAUGUUGAAAAUUUAGUAGAAACUACUGAAAAUCCUGAAUAAAUGAUUCGGGCUAUUCAUUAAUUGGAGCUGUGUUUUUAAUUAAUUGCUGUGACGAAUUGUAAUUGUGACCAUUCUAAUGUAUUGCUUUAACAAUUUCUCCCAUGCUCUUUUUUUUAUUGUAAUAAAUCGAUUUGAAUAAAAACUGAUCUACCCAAGCUAGCAGAACCUUAAUUAUAUUCAAUAAUUUAUACUAAUAUGUUGUAUUUAUUUAUAUGUUUUGAAUUUUCUGUUUUUAGUAUCUUUUAUAGUUGUGUAAAUUAAUUUUAAAGUUUUACAUUUCUGAAUGUUAUACUGUUAUGUACAAAUAUUCAUUGCAAUAUAGGUAUAACAAAUA